AUGGAUAUUCCAAGUGACCGGGGAGAUAUGGCGCCCAAGCAGCCCAAGACUGAACCUGAAGCUGGCUCCUCGCCUCCGCCCUACGAAGCAUCCGCAUAUCCCAAGGCACAGCCAAGAAGACGGUUGCACCGGAUCUUCUCCUUCCGCGCCGGUGUUGCUGUUCUAGCCUCUAUAUUCCUGUUAUGCUUGAACAUAUUCCUGAGCCUUUCAUCCCGCCCCGCCUUGUCCGCCCUGGAUGAGAAGAGGUUCCAGGCCGGCUUAGCCUCGUGCGCUGCCGUCGCGAAGCUGCCGACCAGGUCCGACCCCAGGGACCGCAAGGAGAACCCGAGGUGGAAUGCCGCCAGCGGGCAGAACCAGACCGUGGUCCUGCGCAACGCGACGCUCUUCGACGGCGCGGACAUUAGCGAGGGCGCCGUGGACAUCGUCUUCACCAAGGGGCUCAUCACCUCCGUCACGCCCUCGCACGGGGCUGUCCCCGCGCCGGCCGGCGCCGAGGAGGUCCAGCUACACGGCGCGCACGUCACGCCCGGGCUCGUGGACAUGCACUCGCACCAUCUCGUCGAGGACUGGCCUGCCGUGAGCGACAUUGCUGACGGCAACGAGAUGCUCGGCGGGCUGGGCCCGCUGACGCCGUUCGUGCGGGCGCUGGACUCGAUGAAGGCGUACGACGUGGCGACGAAGCUGGUCGCGAGCGGCGGCGUCACCUCGAGCCUGAUCAUCCCGGGAAGCGCCAACAUAAUGGGCGGUGAGGGUACUGUCGUCAAGAACGCCUGGCGGCCGGGCCCCAACGCCGAGUUCGUGGUCGAGGAGAUGCUCCUGGAGCACGGCCUCCCCGCGGCGGGGAGGCGGAGGUACAUGAAGAUGGCGUGCGGCGAGAACCCCAUCGGCGUCUACAAGCACACGCGCAUGGGCAACGCGUGGGUGCUGAGGAAGUGGCUGGCCCGGGCGAGGGAGCUGGUCGACAGGCAGGACGGGUGGUGCGAGGCCGCGAGGGGCGCGGCCUCUGCGAGGGAGAGGGCCAUCCUCCUGGCGGAGAAGGGGGGAUACCCCGAGGAGCUGGAGCUCGACAGCACGGCGGGCAUGCUCAGGGGCCUGGUGGCGAUGCACAACCACUGCUACGAGCCUGAGGACUUUGAGACCAUGCUCCGCAUCUCGCACGAGUUUGGGUUCCGCGUUAGGGCGUUCCACCACGCCAUCUCGGCCUGGCAGGUCCCGGAGAUGCUCAAGGAAUACGGCGAAAAUCUCACAAUCGCCACGUUCGCUGAGUUCGCCCUCUAUAAAAAGGAGGCAUACGCGGCAAGCCUCUCGGCGGGCAAGAUCCUCAACGACCACGACAUACCCGUCGCCUACAAAUCCGACCACGCGAUGGAGGACACGAGCUCCAAGUACCUGCUGCUCCAGUCGGCGGUCGGGCACAGCUUUGGGCUGCCGGCGGACAAGGCCCUACAGGCUGUCACCUCCGUACCCGCCGCCUCGCUGGAGAUCGAUGACCGGGUGGGGUAUGUAAGAGCCGGCUACGACGCCGACAUCGUGGUCUGGGACUCCCACCCGCUCUCCGUCGGCGCAACACCUAAACAGGUCUUCAUCGACGGCGUUGCCACGCUGGACCCUGCCAAGGUCGCGGCGAGCUCGGCACAUGUGGUUGUUGCUCAAGGGGUGGAUGCACACAUCGGGGCCGGAAAGCCCGCGAUGCGCGCCACGAUAGCCCACGAGGAGAGGAAGAGGCUGUGCUCCGGGUCCCGGGACCAGGGCAGGGGGUUUGUGAUCAGCGGUAUCACCAGAUCUUUCCUGGACGAGUUCCCCGAGGUCCUCACGAGCGUCGUCGGCGGAGCACCCGCACAGGACAAUCUCACCAUGGUCAUCGCUGACGGCGAGAUCGCCUGCCUCGGCACCGGCGUGGACUGCCGUGCGGCAGCCACCAAGCUGCGAGGCAGCCACGACGACGAGCAUGUCACCUCCAUCAAGCUACAGAACGGCCACCUCAGCCGCGGGCUGAUCGCGGUGACGUCCUCCCUGGGCAUCGCUGAGAUCGGCAUGCUCCCGGUCACAGGGGACGGGCUCGUCAAGACGGCCGGGUCAGAGGGCGCCGCCGCCGGCGACGCUCCCACUAUCGACCAUGCAAAGUACGGCGUCAGCCUCGGCGGUGGGAAGGCCAGGUCCAAGACCUUCGCGAGGGCGCGGCUGGGCGGCGUCACGCGGGCGGUGCAGGCGCCCAUAACGGAGGGUGGCCUGGUGGUGGGGGUAUCGACUGGGAUGCGGACGGGCGUGGACAGCACGCUUCUGAAUGGGGGGUUGUUCCAGGAGGAUGUAGCGAUGCAUGUUGCUCUGGGGGAGGACGCGAAGGUGAAUGUUGGGGCUGUGAGUGUGGCUAUUGAGAGGCUGAGGAGCCUGAUCAGGGCGGGUGGUAAGAAGGGUUCGAAGGAGAGUGAUGAGGGUGAGGAAGACCCGUGGGUGUUGGUUGCGAAUGGGUCUCUGCCCUUGGUCGUCAAGGCUGACAGCAAUCAUGAUAUCCAGCAGGUAAUUCUGCUAAAGAAGGACUACCCGAAUGUCCACACGGUCAUCCUGGGAGGCCACGAGGCGCCUCUGCUCGCGGAGGAGAUCGCCAAGGCGAAGAUACCACUGAUCUUCACGGCCACCAGGCCCGGGCCGGACAUGUGGACCAAGAAGGACUCGCCUCCCGGCCCGCCACUGGGUCGAAGCCCGGCGGAUAUCCUCAGCGAGGCCGGGGUUUUCUAUGCGGUGGCCAUCAACACCGACGGCGGACCCCCAGGAGACGCCCGCAUCCAGUCGCUGGCGCUGGAGGCCUCGUGGACCGCCAAGUACGCGGGUCUGUCCGACCACGAGGCGCUGCGGCUCGUGUCGAGCAACGUGGAGGAGAUCCUGGGCCUGGGGAAGAGCGGGGGUGACGUGGUGGUGUGGGAGGGCAGCCCGCUGCAGUUCGGGACGCCGGUGCUGGCGUUCCAGGCGCAGAGGGGCGGGAGGCUGGAGGUGGGCAGUUGCUGGCCAAACGAGGCGGAUGAGUGA